UUAAUAAUGAAUGCGUGGAUGCAUUGAUUUUUUCAAACCUAUAUAAUACCCUAUACUACACCUUAUCCAUCUACAAAAUAAUCUACCCACAUCUACCCACAUCAAAGAAAUCAUGACUACUCAACCACUACAAGGAAAAGUUGCCAUUGUCACUGGCGGCACUCGCGGCAUCGGUGAAGCUAUUGUAAAUAUACUGGCAAAGCAAGGCGCUUCUAUUGUCAUCAACUAUACUUCAUCCGAGGAUCGUGCAAAAGCCUUGGUCAAAACCCUCGUUGAAGCUGGAGGCAAAGCCAUCUCUAUUCAGGCAGAUGUUGGUGCUGUGGAUGGAGCUAAGAAGAUUGUUGACGCAACCGUCAAGGAAUUUGGCAAGGUUGAUAUCCUUGUUAAUAAUGCCGCCGUAGCAACUUUCCAAGGUGUUGAGCAAGUAGAACUGGAUGAAUACGAUAGACAGUACAAUAUCAAUGUUCGCGGUCCUCUUCUUUUGGUCAAGGAAAGUGCACCUCAUCUGCAAGAAAAUGGACGCAUUAUCAACAUUUCAUCUGUUGCCGCACGAUUCGGAAUGCCUGGGUCAUCCAUAUAUGCUGGAACCAAGGGGGCUUUGGAGUCGAUGUCCCGCGUAUGGGCUCAUGAAUUUGGUAGCAAGAAUAUCACAAGCAAUAGUAUCAACCCAGGUCCCGUAGCAACUGAUAUGGCGCUUGCGCAACCUGCUGAGGUGUUGGAUGGUCUGAACAAAACUGUACAGAAUGCUGCUCUCAAGCGCUUCGCAACAGUUGAGGAAAUUGCCAACGUCGCAGCCUUCCUUGCAAGUCCUGGAAGCCAGUGGGUCACUGGUGAUGUUCUGAACGCCAAUGGUGGUUUGAUAUUUACAUAAAUGGGUACGCAGGAAUUGAUAUCUUACCUGUACUAUGUUGAAAGAUAUAUAAACUACAAUAAAUAACUAUAUAAAGCAAAUGGA